AUGUCUCUUACGGACAGUUUUAUGGAUGUAGUGGAACUAUGCACACUUUUGCAGUGUUUGGGAUUCAAUGUCAAAUCAUUGGAGACCAGGGAUGUUAAUAUGAGUCAAGAUAGUUCCACGCGCAAUGUUGUAAUAACUUGCCAGUCUUCUGGACUCCACGUUAUAAUGGAAAGUUCAGAGUCGAGGUGUUCCUGCCCCCCGGAUGCGAAUAAAAACAACAGCGGCUUUUGGGAGGUAUCGGGGGUUACAGGCGGGAAACAACAUAAUACGGAAAGCGGAAGCGGCCUUCUAGGAUAUCUAUCCAAAACACAUCAGGAGCAAAUAUCAAAAGAAUUGCAAAAUAUUAUAAAAUUCAUCAAAGAGAACAAAACCAAUGAAAAACCUAUACAAGCCAAUAGAUCAGCUAGUAUGUUGGAACUAAGUACGCCUGAGAUAAGGUUAAAAUUAGAAGCAGACACACCGACACGUUACCGUUCUUUGGACACGUUGACAACUGUUGAUGAUUCGUCACCAUCGUUCCCCAUGCCGAGAUCUUUUAAGGGUCAGAUACCAAAGAUCCUUGAAAGACAAAGGACGUAUUCCGUGUCAUCUACACCGGAUAGUCUCCGUGGUUGGAACAAAACAUCAAGCCCUAUUCAAGAGCCUCAAGCAUCGAAAUAUAUUUUAGAGAAGCUUAUCUACGCUUCAAAUUGUUGUGAAGAAACCCAAAAACACAUUAAAUAUGUUAUCCAAACAUUGAGUGGAAAAACUAAAAACGAUUCGUCUUGCCAGGAAUUAGAUGUUUCUAAGAUACCUGUUUUUAAAGUGGCAGAUACACCAAAAACCCACUUCCUGUCAUGCUCCAAUAUACCAGCAUCAAUAACACCAAGUGAUGAGAAAGACAAUCUAAAAAGAAGUGAAUCGAGCACAUCAACAAUCGCCACAAAAGAGAAAACGUCUCGCCUACGCCGCCUCUCUCCUAGCCUUUUGAAGCUUAAAAAGGAUAAGGAUACCGCAACAAAAGAAGAUAAGAAACCUAAAGAGAGUAAAUUGACUAGUUUAUUCAAGCCAAAAAAAGUACUCCCACCGCCAAGUACAUCGAAAUCGAAUUUAAUGAGUCCAAAUUUAAGUGCAUCUAAUAAAAAGUUCAGCCACAUUAAAUCAACAAUACCGAAACCGUCUUCUGGAAAACCAAAAGAUCAGAAUCUUUAA